AUGGGCUCAUGCGUUACGAAGGCAGACUCAAACGUAGCAAAUUCUUCGCCUCCUAAACCAAAGAAAAUUGAAAUUCACGAUAUUUUGAUACUACCUAAAUGGAUACCUAAUGCGAAGAAGCAGGGUUCUAAAAGGACUGUUCCUAAAGCUAUAUGUUUAACACCUGUUCAGCCGUCAACUUCCAAACUGCAAACUAACCACACACCACAACAGCCAAAGCAAAAACCUACAAGAACAACAGUCAAGGGAAAAGGUAAAUCAGUUACUCAAAAGAAGCGCAAACUAUCACUGCCAGAAGACGACGAUUGGACAUGUCACACGUGUGAUGGACUGUACUCCAACGAUGUGUCCUCAGAAAACGGAGCUGAAUGGAUAACUUGUUCUUAUUGCACGUUACCCUAUCACGUGCAUUGCCAAAGUCAAGAUAUUAUACUAAAAGGAAGCCAACAACAAAUCUUCAUGUGUGACGCUUGCAGUGUGAUAGAUAGUGAUGAUGAUGAUCACUAG